AUGUGUGUGUAUAUAUAGAUGGCUAGAUGCCACUCAUCUGAAUCUUUACAUUGUUUAGGGACAUUUUUAAGUCUGAUGUGGACUUGCAUCCUUGUUUAAACACUGUAAUCCUGUUUAAAUUUAAAUCAAUAAAUUUCAUCUUUACUGAUGGCACUUAACAUCAUCAGUACUGUAUCAGACAGUCAAGAUGCUUUAUUUACUUUUGUUCUUCAGUAGAUUGUGUUCCUUAACUCUUCCUGUCUUCAGUGCUAGUAAUGUUUCUCACACAGUGGUUCUGCGGCCUCUGAAAGCUGGAUACUUCAACUUCACCUCUGCUUCCGUUAGUUAUCUGGCCCAGGAGGGUGGACAGGUCGUGGUUGGUUACACAAGUGCUCCAGGUCAGGGAGGCAUCCUGGCCCAAAGAGAGUUUGACAGACGCUUUUCUCCACAUUAUCUGGACUGGGCAGCUUUUGGUGUCAUGACCCUUCCCUCCAUUGGCAUUCCUCUGCUCUUGUGGUACUCCAGCAAGAGGAAGUACGACUCCCAGAAGAGCAAAAAGAACUGAGUAAUCUUAAUACAGGAUAAAAACAGAUCAGGGAUCAUUGUGGUAAUGGAAGGAGGGAGGAAUAGAAGUGCAUUAUGGUGGGCGGGAGUUAAGAUUUUUUAUUAUUUUUUUUUGUAAAUGAAUUACCCAUAUUGGGGUAAAUGGUCAGUGAAUUAAUCUGCUUUUAAGUGAGGUUGGUCUUCAUUAGAAAUUGAGGAAUAAGCAUCAACCUACAUAAGGAUCACCAACUGCUUUUGACAUUAAAGUGGCCAUUCCAGGGUGGCUUCAGGUGAACCAUCUUUUUUCUUUUUUUUCUUUUUUCUUUUAAUUAUCGUCAAAUGCUAAACAGAACUGUACAGUCCUUCAUGAUCAAUGUGGGGCUUGUUUGUGGAAAUAAAAGGGGGAUUUAUAGAGAUCCUCUCAUUGUGUGUCUGGUCACUCACUGAAAUAUGCUUUCAUCUGUGUGUCUGCUUUUUUGUUAUGUUCUUUUCAUGUAGUGAUUAGUGCAUUCUUAGUCUUUUAUGGCAAUAUCUUUCUAUCAGCUAAAUAAUAAGCGAAGUAAUUCAGUGAAAAAGCUAGUUAUAUUAUGGCUAUCAAUUCACUGAAACAAAUAAAAUCAGUGGCUUUUAAUCAGAAUAAAUAUAUUUGAUUAAAGUGA